CAGAACUGUUGUUCAUUCUGUCUGUCUCUCUCAUUAGUGUUAGUGAAGAAGACGGUCAGGUUCCAUCCCUCUACCCGUCAGAAAGUGGGUGGGGUAUUAGGUAACUACAUUGCCCAGAAUUUAAUCUACUGACUGAGUAAACAACCUGUCAUGUGUAUCGCUCCCUGUAUGUACAACCUACCUGAGUGAUACUAAACUAAAUUUCUCUAGAGGCAGUAUAUCAGUCUGUCCCUUCCUUCUGGGUGUGACACAGGACAAGCCACCCAACCAGUGUCGCUUAGACAUUGCUAGGUGUAGUUUGUUAUACCACACACACUACAGAGUCCAGCAGGACCUGGUAAGAGUAGACAGGAGCUUGAUUCUGAAACAACGAAACUUGUUCCAACAAGACUGACUGAUAUUCUUCAGCAAUUUCAGAAACUGUGAUGUGAUAAUUAACUAGGAACUGAACCAUCAACUCCCACACCAAAACCUGACCACGAAAACUGCAUAAAGAGCAGGUUGAGCAUCUUGACUGACACAAGGUGUGAAAGUACCUGUGGGAAGAUGCACCUGUACCGGCCCAAGGUUCUUGUUUGUGUGGCGAUGGCAUGUAGUGGGGUGGCCUUGGCGAUCCAGCUUGCGUCGGUGAUCGGAACCGGGUGGCUGAUGUUCAAGAACACUUACGCUGGUUACACGUAUUUAACAGAGAAUGGAUUGUUCCGUUAUUGUGUUGAGUUCACUGGCAUUUGUUCUACAUAUGAUAAACCUGAAGUUUUCCCAGACUGGGCGACAGCUUGUCAGACCUUCUCCAUUCUGGCACUGGGGGCUAUGUUCGGCAGUUUUGUUGUCGGAAUUCUGCACAUUCUGAGAGAAGAGACACAGGGGCUGACACUUCUUGCUGCUGAAGUGAACAUGGUCGCAGCCGUUUACAUCGCAGUAGAAGUGGGUUUGUUCGCUGGUAAGACUAAGGACAGAAUAAGGACUACUACAUCAUCAACAGUUUCAUACGGGUAUGAUUUCUACCUGUCGAUCGCUGCUGGUGGGUUGAGUGUCGUCGCCGCCAUCCUCUAUGUCGUCGGAAGAGUCACAGUCCGUUAGUGAGUUAACGACUCACUCCAUGGUAUCAGAUGUACUCUGAAAACUGUCAUCGAAGUGUUUCUUGUGUUGAUAAACAUUGCUUGAUGUUCUCCCUCACCCCGUGUUUUCUAAGACAAUAAAUAUGGACAUACAAACACACACCAAUGCUCAUCAAUGAACCUCACAACAGUAAAGGUCACUUUUCAUCUAUUAACUAGGCCAUGGGUUCUUCAAUAUAUUUUAAAAAAAAAAAAAACAUUUGAGUAACAAUGAAAACAGUGAAAGGUAAUUUAACUCCAGAAGGAGAGACACCAUGAAGAUCUGUUGUGUACAAUCUCGUCUAACAACAGCUGUGAGUAAUAAAAAUUACGGCCGCCAUUUGUAAAAAUCUACAGAGCUGAAGUUGUAUGUAUAUUUGAAUGUGACCAGAUUUGUUUGUACAUAACAGACAGAAAAUAUGUCUACUGGCCGUUGUUAUCAAACAAGAAUAAAAACGAUGUCCUUAA